CUGGGCCGGCGGCGCGCGCUCCUCCUGCCUCCCGCUUUGGCGCGCGCGCCGCCCAUCCGAAGGCUCCCUGCUCCCCGAGCGCGUCUCCGUUUGCCUCUUUGCUCUCUGUCUCCGCCGGGCGGGUUCACUCGGGAGCUCCGGCCUCGCUUGUGCAAGAAAGGGGCGGGGGGCCGCGGCAACAUGGCGCUCGUGCCGUGCCAGGUGCUGCGCGGCGCCAUCCUCCUCUCCUACUUCUCCAUCCUGUGCAACUACAAGGCCAUCGACAUGCCCGCGCACCAGACCUACGGAGGCAGCUGGAAAUUCCUGACGUUCAUUAAUUUGGUUAUUCAAGCGGUCUUUUUCGGGAUCUGCGUAUUGACAGACCUUUCCAGCCUCCUUACUAAAGGAAAUGACAGCCAAGAACAAGAAAGACAACUAAGAAAACUCAUUUCCCUCCGUGAUUGGAUGAUGGCUGUCUUAGCUUUCCCUAUUGGAGUUUUUGUCGUAACAAUGUUUUGGAGCAUCUACAUCUAUGACAGAGAACUAGUUUACCCAAAGCUCCUUGAUAAUUUUAUACCACCUUGGCUGAAUCAUGGAAUGCAUACAACCGUUUUGCCUUUUAUAUUAAUUGAGAUGAGAACAACACAUCAUGAAUAUCCCAGCAGGACCUGUGGCUUGGUUGCUGUGUGCACCUUUUCGGUUGGCUACAUAUUGUGGGUCUGUUGGAUUUAUCAUGUAACAGGUGUUUGGGUGUACCCUCUCUUGGAGUACCUUGGCUCAGGUGCUAAAAUUAUCUUCUUUGCUACUGUAACUGCAAUAAUUAACAUCUUCUACUUGCUGGGUGAGAUCCUAAACAACUGCAUCUGGGAUACACAAAAAUGUAUGGAAGAAGGAAAAGAAAAGCCUAAAUUGGACUGAAUGUGAAAGAGGAAAACAAGAUUUGCUGCUAUACGGAAGACAUCUCAGUGUCAAGAGAUUGGCCAUUUACAUGAACAGUGCAUCCAGGAUACUUUUAUUUUCUCUUUAAAAAGAAAAGGGAUAUUGAUUUAUUGUCCCACUCCUUCCUGAUACCUGCCUCUGCCCAUAACACUAUAUAUGAUACACUUCUCCACGACUCUUCUACACAUGUAAUUAUGUAUGUUACUAUGUUAAGUGUCUUUCCUGUGGCAGCAUCAUUGAAGUCUGCUCUGUCUCUGAUUUGGAAAUCAGUGGGGAAAUUGUUUGCAUAUCUAGCUGUAUCAUAAAGCCACGUCUUCAAAAGAGUGGAAAACUUAACACACACAUGCAAAUAUUUUGAAUCAGAGAGUUCUGUGGAAUUAACAAAUCAGAGAGUUCUGUGGAAUUUUAAUCAUCACAUUACGGACAAUAAGUGUUUGGGACAAUGGUGGUCAACUAGGGCUAUAAAAAUUGUUAAAACAAACUGAUUUAACUCAGUGCUGCUAAAGUACAAAACCACAUCAAUAAAAACAAAAAUAGUCUCCCUUUGUUCAAAAAAGUUCUUGCUGCUCAGGUGUUUGCAGGUACAUCUUAAUAGCACCACCUGGUUUUAUUCACAUCUAGAAGAAAUGGCAGAACUUCAUCAUACUCCUUCCAGGAGCAAUGACAAGAUGGACUCCUUUUAUUUAAUAUUUAUUUGGCACUGGGCUUAAAUUUUACAGUAAAUGAGGAAGACAGGGAUUGGUGAAUAGUAGGAUUGGAAUAGGAGAGCAUCAGGUAAGAGGAGUGGCUGAGUCAGAGCCAGUCCAACUGCACAAACAACUCAGGAUCACUUGGGGGAGCAAACCGGAGCCAGUGAAGUAGCAUGCAAUCUGCAAAGCAUGCCCAAGGCCCCUUGCAUUACAGAAGCAGGAUGUCCAACCACCGUAGUCUCAGGGAUCACCAGUCUCUAGUCAGUGGUCUAGGGUCUGGGAGUGGUCUACAUCUAUUGAGCAGGAAAGGCUUCACAGCUUGGAGAGAAUAUUGUCAGGCUUAGUUUUUCAUAUAGCCAAAUAGUAGAUGUCACAAUAAAUUGUGGAAUAUCCAUUUUUAGUAACACCAUUGGGGAGCAGAAAAUUGCUAAUCUGGCCUCCUGCACUUUGCAAACCACCAAACUGGCCACCUCUGUUCUAAAUAGAGAUCUGGGGGGCAGAAGUAGACUCCUCAAGUGGUUAGGUUCUUCAAUAAAGUUAUUCUAAAGUAACAGUAAGGACCUUUUACAACUCUGGGUCGUGGACACAGGGCAUUCAUGCAAACCCUGGAGAGCAACAGUGUGAAGUGCAUAUCUCACAUCAUUUUUGAAAACAAAUUUAUUUUCCUUACAACUGUAAGGAAAAUCUUUACCACGUUUUCAUUACAGCUUGGCAGAGCCUUUGGGUGCAGCGAGAGCUCACUAACAAAACUGUUCCAUGAGCUGCAUCUGUCCCUAAAACCUUCCACUGGUCAACGCUUUUCACAGAGCAUACUAGGAAGAAAGACUCCAGCUAAACAUCAGGCAGAGUUUUCUGACAGUAAGAGGUGUUUGACAGUGGGGUGAACUCCCUCAGGAGGUGGCGGACUCUCCUUCCUUGGAGGUUUUUAUACAGAGGCUGGGUGGCCAUCUCAUAUAUGCUUUAGUUAAGAUUCCUGCAUUGCAGAGGAUUGGACUUGGGGUCCCCCUUCCAGCUCUACAAUUCUAUGAUUCUAUAUCCAUCUCCCGACAGAAGAGGAAUUUAGACCAUAAGCCUAUACAUGAGCAGGCAGAAGUCAACACUUUGGGAGUUCAGACAGUGUUUCCUCUUGGGUAAAUGGGUAUAGAAUUGCAGCUUCAAAUAUAGUUGGUAAGAGAGGUUCUCCUGAGCAGAAAUAAAUAAAGAUCCUCUCUACCUCUGGAAAGCAACGCUUUUUAAAAAUGUAGUUGCCAGAAGCAAAUGCACCAAAAAGGCCGAAAGGCCUCACUUUGGCCACAUAUCUCUUUGAGGAAAUAUUUAUAGACAAUGCUUGAAAGUUUAGUACAAGAUUUUUCAACACGAGUGGUGCAAUGUAAAUUGAGGCUUCAUUGUCAACAAUGUGAAGUUCAGGUUGGUAAAAAAAAAAAAAGGUCUGUGCCGUUUUGUUAAUAGUAUUUGAGUGCUUUCGCGUGGCAAGGCUCGCAUAACUCAUUCUUUGCUGUUGGGACUUGCAUGUCUGCAGUCUAAGUCUGUGUUUCUCAUUGACCUUUUAUUCGUUAAACACUGGAUGCUGGCCUUUGUACUUUACUCGCUGCACAAAUGGCAAAUAGUAAUAAAAGAACUUAUAAUACUGAA